AUGAGAACAAAUUCCAGAAACUUUGAAUUCCAUUCAUCAUUUUCAAGUUUACCUUCAAGUCAAAAAGUGAAAGUUUCAGAAAAUCAAACAUGCUGUAAUACUGUAGACCAACUUAGUAAUAAGAAUUCUAGUUAUAUUAACCAAAUAAAUUUACCACACAUGUCAUAUCUAAAUUCAAUCUUGUCACCUCAACGUACCUAUUUUAAUCAACAAUCUGUAAUCAGUUCAACACCACCUAUCAUUAACAAUAACAACCUAAAUAAACUUAAUGUGCCAUUUACUUUAGGUGAUAAUCAAACAUUGUACAAAGAUGAAACUAUACACACUUCCGGUGAUAACAGCAGUAAUGUGAAUUCAAGAAAAACUGAAACUAUAUUAUGCUUAAAACGUUUAUUUACCUUUUUGUUAUCACAUGUUGGUUUAGCUAUUCUGGUGAUUAUUUAUACAAUGAUUGGUGGUUCAAUGUUUUAUGCUGUGGAACGUGAUCAUGAAUCAGAAAUAAAACUUAAAAUGUUUGAGAAACGCACAGUUUUAGUGAAAGAUUUAAUUCUAGAAUGGCGAAACUCACAACUGGAAUUACUGGAUACUAUACUGAAUCAUGUAAAUAUAAUUCAACAAUUUGAACGAACAAAUUUUGGCAGGAAAUUAAAUAUUCACUCGAACUUAUAUGAUUCUAUUGAAAAUUUAGCUAUAGUAAAUAGUAUUCAUAGCAAACGUUAUCUAUCAAACGAAUUAAAAGAUGAACAGAAACAGCAAUUAGAUGGUUUAUCAUGGUAUUUAUCAACUUUAGGAUGGCCGAAAAGAAUAUUACCACAAUGGUGGUUUCACAAAAAUUAUACCGAAUUCAUCAGUUCAUACCAUAACAAUUUUAAUACAGAACAAGAACAGUUACUUAAUAAGUCGGUGACAAACGACCCGAUAGGUCAAAUAUCAGAUGAUUUAAAUCCCAUUCUAACGCCCUCUGUGAAUAAUUCGAAUGAAAACGAUUUAAGUACCUCAUCUUUAUCUAAUAAAACAGACUCAAUAACAUUAAUAAAUCCGAAAACACAAUCAACACCGAUAACAUCUGUCAACCAAACACUAAAUUUACAGUUAAAAAACGAUUCUAAAACAGAUGAAGUCUACUUCUCGGCAGAUCUGAUUAACUCUUUGCCAAAACAUUUUGUUUUACUUUCAAAAUUAGAUGAUAUAUUGCCAAUAAUUCUAAACAAAAGUUUUGUACUGGAAAAUAAUCUACAAAAUAAACUAGCAAAGUAUGUUGAACAAAUUGUAACUGCUAUAAAAGAUGAAGGUUGGAAUGGAUCAGAACAUACAGAUGACUUUAAUUGGACAUUUGAAGGAAGUAUUUUAUUCGCUGUCACUAUCAUAACAACUAUAGGCUACGGGCAUGUAACACCACAUACACGCCUAGGUAAAUUUCUUACAAUGAUGUAUGCUGUAUUUGGUAUACCAUUAUUUUUUUGUUAUCUAUCAAACAGUGGUAAUUAUAUGGCAUCAUUAUUUCAAGUUUUCUAUGUGCGCAUUUGUCAACCGGCAUUUAUACAGUUUAAAAAAUGUAUGAAAAAGUGUUUCAAUCAGUUGACUCAUCGAAAAAUUACUCAAAAAUUACAACUAUCACAGAAUAAUGAUAUUUUAGUCUGUGAAAGAAAUAAUUCAACAUUUACAUCAUCAAAUCCAGUAAAAUAUAAAAGAUACAAACGAACACCAACCAGCAAUGUUCACAAUUACUUGAAUACUAACAGGAUUGGUAGUAUUAACAAUAAUCAUCACUUACAUAUGAUUUCUAAUUACAAUCCAAGUGACGAUUUGAAUUUUAAAAAUAUUGAACGAUCAAAUAUAACAUGGAGUGAUAAACAAUCACAAACUUCUUCAUCUAGAUUGUCGUCAUGUAAAGCAGACUAUUUAAUGGAGACUGUAGUAUCAACAACGCCUCAGAUAAAUACAAAAAACUAUUCAACUCAAAUAUUUGACUUACAUGAUAUAUAUGCAUUAAAUCCAUAUUUACAACAACAUACACCAUUUGAAAGUUUUGACUUAUCAAAUUAUUACUCAAAUACCACACAUUCAGUCAAUGAUCAAUCAUUCAAAGAAUCAAUGCAUACUCCGAAUCACCUUGAAUUACCUUCAUCAAUGAAUACGAUAAAUAUAAAUCGUCAGCUAAAACAAUUUCAACAUAAAAGUGAUUUAGAUACAGCUCAUUCUGCAACAAACGAAUCAAAUAAAUCAUCAAGUGAAACAUUAAAGACUGUUCCAAUAUCACUAACUAUACUUAUGAUGACGGUUUAUAUUUUAUUAGGCGCUGCCGUAUUUUGUUUAUGGGAAUCAACGGAUUAUUUGAAAUGGUCUUAUUUUUGCUUUGUAACAUUAUCAACAAUUGGAUUCGGCGAUAUUGUACCAGGGACAAAAAUUGAUUCACAAAAUCCAAAAGAAAAGAUGAUUGCUUUAGCAGUGUAUGUAGCUCUUGGUUUGUCUUUAUUUGCAAUGUGUUUCAAUUUGAUGGAAGAAGAAGUUACUGCAAAACUGAAAAGAAUAGGACGUCGUAUAGGUGUGACAAAAUCGAUAAAAAAGAAGUCAAAAUCUUAAUUUGUUAUUUAUAAUUACGCAAUUGCAUCAUUAUUGAUAUAAUCAGUUGCGCCAACUUUACUGCAAUCAUAAUCUCUUCAUCAAAACUGUCAUAGAAACGAAUAAAAAUCUCCGUAGUGGAUAUAUAGAUAGAAGUGUAAAAAAAAUUUGGGAAUGAAAAUUAUGAUAAUUAACACUGAACAGAGUAGAUUUAUAAAUGAACUGAGAAUCAUUUGCAUUUCAGAGUAAUUUGCGAAUGAAAUAAUUUAUGUGAUA